AUGGCGAUACAUCUUACCAUUUAUUUAAGAGGAAUCGAAUUUUUUGGACCUUUAUUCGUGAAGUUUGAUCAAUGGAUGUCUAUACACAGGAACUUAUAUUCCGAAGAAAUGUGUUCAGCUUUAUCGCAGCUUUAGCGUAACGCAACAGUCUACUCUUGGUAAUAUACAGAGAAUAUUCUCACAACUACUUAUGGAUCUUCAUGGCGUCAACUUUUCGUUAAAUUCGACCCUGUACCUGUUGGUUCUGGCUGUUUUGCUCAGAUUUAUCAAGCUUUUAUCAAUGUUAAGUAUUACCCAACUCUUGCUAUCAGACAAACUUUUACCUUCAUCAAGAGUAAGCUUAUUUCAUAUACUAUUAAUUCUUUUUCUCGUAACAGCGUAGCAUUGUUUUUCAAAGACAUUGUUAGAUGGGAAGCAGAACUAGAUCUCACUAUCCUGUAAUCGCUGUCAAAAUUUGUGACAUGUCUUGUGCCACGUUUCGAAUGUCUCAGCAUCAUUGAUUGUAUACAUGAGUUUUCUCGAAUUAUGGAAAAACAAGUUAGUGAACGUUAUUUGAAGUUUUCAAAAAAUGUCGCAGCAAUAGUGGAUGUAUGCUUCCCUGAGGCACUCCGUAACUUAUAUAACGAUCAAAUUUUGGUCGAGACAUUUCACGAGGAACGUUUUAUUAGUGAUUAUUUGACGACACCCGACAAAGCAUUAAGCCACGAACUCGCCGCAAUAGGAAUUAGCCCCGUUUUUAACAUGAUAUUCCGCGAUAACUUCGUUCACUGCUACUUGCAUCCAGGAAACGUUUUGGUGCAAGAAUAUUCGACGACAGUCAAUCCAUGGUCUGGUCCACGGAUCGUGAUUCUCGACUGUGGUUUGGUAACCGAACUGAAUGACCUCGGUAAUUUUCACGAGGUCUUUUCAUUCGUCGCUGCUGGAUAUGGUGAAAGAAUUGCUAAUUCAGUGGUAAAACACAGCGUCAGUGAGUGCUCUGAUCCAGAAUGA